AUGAAAAACUUUCAGGUGCUGGCGGCGGCCGCCGCCGCCGGCUGCAACGUCUCGGCCCUCGUAGGCGGGGCUGGCGCGUCGGCUGAAGGCGAAGAUGCUGCCUCCCCUGCAGAGGCCUGGCGCGCCAUGGCCGGGCUAGAAGAGCAGCUCAGCCGCGAGAGCGACCAGUCGGAGGAGGCUUCCGUGCGGCAGGCGUCUGCGGUGCUCCGGCAGAUGCUGACGACUGCGACGCAUGACACCAACUCGGGCUUGAUGCAGUUUGCGCAGUCCGCGGUGCCGGACCUCAAGAAGAUCUGGAGCUUCCCUCCCACGCGCGAGCACCUGAAGGGCCUGCUCGCCGUGAAGGCUGGUCAGUGA